AUGUCCGACGUACCACCAACCGAGUCCAAUCUCAAUCCAGAAGAACCUAAAGCACCAGCCCCUGCACCUCAGUUCCAGCAAGUCCCUCCACCAAAUUACUACCAAUUCCAAUACAAAUCGAAGAGAGACCAAGAGUUCGAAGAAGGUCUGAACCGCUUACGCAAAGAGUAUGCUACAGCUCCAAUUGAGAGAAAGUUGUUCCAGCAAUUCCAAUUCCAGCAAUUCCAAUCUCAAUCCAAAUCGAAGAGAGACCAAGACUUCGAAGAAGGUCUGAACCGCUUACGCAAAGAGUAUGCCACAGCUCCAAUUGAGAGAAAGUUGUUGCUAAAUUCAGUAAAAAUAAUGUUUAUGUUAGAAUGUUAG